AUGGAAUUAGUUGAUGUUGUCAAAGCUCGGUUGGCCACAAUGAGAGAUAGUGGUUGGGAUGAUUUAUUUGCUGAUGUCCAAGAAUUUUGUGUUGCUAAAGGUAUUCCGGUGCCAAAUAUGGAUGACGAAAUACCGGUUCGGGGUCGUUCAAGGGUGGAAGGAAGAACUAUCACUAAUCUUCAUCAUUACCGUGCAGAGAUUUUUUAUGUUGCUAUUGACAAAAUAUGUGUAGAGAUGGAUCACCGCUUUAGUGAAGGAAGUAACAUUAUCCUUGAUUGCUUCUCAUGUCUUGAUCCCAAGAACUCUUUCUCCAAGUUUAAUGUUGAUAAGCUUGCUCGUCUUGCUGAUAUUUAUCAUGUAGACUUUUCUGAUGAUGGUCGUGGAACAAUAAGGGAUCAACUUGACACUUAUGUUCUUCAAGUGAAAAGAAAUGCUUCAUUUUCCACUUGUGAAGAUGUUCAAAGUUUGGCUAUAAAGAUGGUUCAAACUGAGAAACAUUUGGUAUUUCCAUUGGUUUACAAACUUAUUGAGUUAGCUUUGAUAUUGCCGGUGUCUACAUCAUCCGUUGAAAGAGCUUUUUCAGCAACGAAGAUUAUCAAGUCUAAAUUGCGUAAUAAGAUCAAUGAUGUGUGGUUCAAUGACUUGAUGGUAUGUUACACCGAUCGGAAGAUAUUCAAGUCACUUGAUGAUGUUGAUAUUAUUCGAACAUUCACAGCAAAGAAGUCUCGAAAAGGACAUUUGCCUCGUAAUUUUAUUUAA